AUGUCAUUAUAUAUGGAAGCUGCUCGGUUUUGCCGAUUGAAGAAAACAUGUUUUCCCUCGACCUUCCGGCAACCGAAAAGAGCAUUCUCUCGAUCCCAGGCAGUCUUUACGCUGCCCACCGCGGAAGAGAUUCAAGGCGCCCAUAAAUACUGCGUUUCUCUACUCACAAAAUAUGACCGUCCUUCUUAUACGCUGAGUAGCUUCAUUCCAGCGCACGCCCGCACUUUCUAUAUCGCCCUGCGCGCAUUGAACGUUUCCCUCUCCAUGAUUCCCGAAACAACAUCCUCUCCUACAAUUGGAUUGAUGCGCCUACAAUUCUGGCGAGAUUCUGUGACGAAAAUCUUGGCUGGCGCGCCGCCCAAAGAACCUGUCGCGAUCCUGCUUGCCUCGUCUAUAUCUGAUCUCAAUGAGCGCACACAAGGCCGCGCAAGAAUCAGCAAGCACUGGCUUAUGAGACUGAUUAGUGCGCGAGAACAAACACUCACAAAUGACCCUUACCCCGACCUUGCGGCGCUGGAGUCUUAUGCCGAAAACACCUAUUCGACUCUGAUGUAUCUUACCCUGGCCGCACUUCCAAUGACAUCUGUCACUGCCGAUCAUGUCGCGUCACAUAUUGGGAAGGCUGUGGGAAUUGCCGCUGUACUGCGUGGCUUGCCGUUGGUUGCUUUUCCAAUGUCGCAGCCCCAGACGCCUCAUGGCGGUGGCGCCGCGAGCCUCGGGCUUAGUGGCGGGGCGAAGCAAGGUGCGGUGAUGCUGCCGCUGGACAUCAUGGCGCAGGCUGGAGUUAAAGAGGAGGAGGUACUUCGGCGCGGAGCUGACGCCGAGGGUCUUCGCGAUGCUGUUUUCACCGUUGCUACUCGAUCAAGUGACCAUUUGAUUACCGCUGAGCAAAUGCUGAACAAUAUCAAAGCCGGUGAAGAUGUCGGGCAUGAGUUCGAGCACGAGGGUGAAGAGGGUCAUAAAUACGAUACCUCGGCUCUUGUUGGUAGCCAAAAUGAGUCGCCUCUGGAGGAGAUUAACAGAGCUUUUGGAGUCUUCAUGCCUGCGGUUGGCACGCGUUUGUGGCUUGACAAGUUGCAAAAGUGUGAUUUCGAUGUUUUCCAACCGGAAUUGUUGCGGUCAGAUUGGAAGUUACCUUGGAAAUCCUUUACGGCGUUUCAACGGAAGAAUAUUUGA